ACGGGAGAUUCUUUAUUAUUCCAUCUAAGUGGGCUUUAUUCACCUUGGUGAGCAGGAUGUAGAUCGCAGCCCUCGGAUUCUGCUAAAUGGGUGUCCUUCCAUGCGCGCGUAUCCAUGUCGUCAGAUUCUUAAAUUGGCCGCGGCGCCGCGCGUUUUCCCCUGGACUCUCCAUCCUCUUAAUGAGGGAGUGAGGGUGACUCCAUGCCCACAUCCUUCCACCACGGGAUUUAUGCACAUGUAAAGUGCUCACAGUCAGGAUGGAUUCCCUCAACGCGAGCGGGAUGGACGCGUUCACGGUGAUCCAUCUGAAUUCCUCCUCGUGGAGCCUGGACAGUGGAUAUUCUCUGGCAGCGAUCGCCGGCAUCGCAGCGCUUGUAAGUUUCCUCAUCCUCUUCACCGUGGUUGGGAAUAUCCUGGUGGUUAUUGCCGUGUUGACGAGCAGGGCACUGAAAGCCCCACAGAACCUAUUUUUGGUGUCACUGGCCACCGCGGACAUCCUGGUCGCCACGCUGGUGAUGCCCUUCUCUCUGGCCAACGAGCUCAUGGGCUACUGGUAUUUUGGAAAAGUUUGGUGCGGUAUUUAUUUGGCUCUGGAUGUUUUGUUCUGCACUUCGUCUAUUGUGCAUCUGUGCGCAAUAAGCCUGGAUCGCUACUGGUCCGUUACGCAGGCGGUCGAGUACAACCUGAAGCGGACUCCUAAACGCGUCAAGUGCAUCAUCUUGAUCGUGUGGCUCAUAUCUGCAAUCAUCUCAUCUCCACCUCUGAUUUCUAUAGACAGUCACAGCGAUCUCAGCUCCCUGCCUCAGUGCGAGCUGAACGAUGACACCUGGUACAUCCUCUCCUCCAGCAUCGCGUCCUUCUUUGCGCCAUGCGUAAUCAUGGUCCUGGUCUACAUCAGGAUAUACCAGGUGGCCAAAACCAGAACCAGGGCCAUGUCGGGAAAAGAUCCCAGGCCCGAUGGUGCCACACAGACUGAGAAUGGGCUGAGCAAAGCCACCUCCCCUUUCAAUGGCGAGAAGGAGAACGGCCACUGUCAGUGCCCGCCUACGCCCAGCCAGCCCACCGUCACCGUGGGCGCACAGACCGAGGAUGCUGACAUGGAGGAGAGCAGCUCCUCAGAGGGCAAAGGUCACAAGCCCCAGCACCAGGACUCCGAGAGAGCAAAGAGCCCCAGCCAAAAGAAGAGCCCCCUCACCAAACAGCCCUCUCGCAUCGCCAGAGUUAGUAACAAAUCCAUGGACCUUUUUGCCUCCAGGAGGAAACGACGCCGGUGCUCCUUCGCCAGGAAGAAGGUGUCCCAGGCCAGGGAGAAGAGGUUUACAUUCGUCCUGGCUGUGGUCAUGGGGGUGUUCGUGGUGUGCUGGUUCCCCUUUUUCUUCAGCUACAGCCUGUACGGCGUGUGCAGGGACUCCUGUAAGAUCCCCGACCCACUGUUUAAGUUCUUCUUCUGGAUUGGCUACUGUAACAGCUCCCUGAACCCUGCCAUCUACACCAUCUUCAACCGGGACUUCAGGCGAGCCUUCCAGAAGAUCCUCUGCAAGACGUGGAAAAAGUCCUUUUAGGUCACAAAAGCAGACCUGUUGCACCCAGACAAUCUUACAGGAGAUAUCUAAUUGAACUUUGAAAAAAAAAAAAAAGGAGAAGGACCCUGUGUCUGCUUGUUACUGCCACUUGUUACUCACUGUUGAGUCUCAUUGUCCUGUUGUAAUUCAGCCAUGGGCUUUGCUCUCUCUAAGAGCUGCAACGUGAAAUAUGUUUCCAUUACAGCCUUUUCCGAAGUGAGCUUCUCAGUUCUUUUUUCCAUGUUGAAGUGUUGCUGUAAUGCUUAGUCCAUCAACGUCAAUCAAGCUUUCCUCAACAUCCACACAAGAUGCACACAUGGCUGGAUUUAUCUGCUAUGAGGCCCCAAGGGCAGAUAUUGACAGAGGGCCCCCUCAAACCCCCCUGAGUAUUUUCAUCUCUCCCGGGCUCAAAAUUUACCUGGCCCUAGAUUUGCACAAAAAUGAGAAAAAGUUUUAAAAUCUUGAUUUUGACACAAGUCAUGUUUUUCAAGUAAGAGACUUGGAUCAACAAUAACCUUUUUAGGGCAAAGGGCAUUUGUUCACUUUCUAGAAAAGGGUUACAUGAAAAGAAUGGUAUUACUCAAUGAAUGGUUACCUUAGCUUAGCAUUAAGACUGGAAACAAAGGGACAAGGCUAGCAUGGCUCUCUCCAAAGGUGACACAAUAUGUCUCUUAACAUCUCUAUAGCUCACUAUUUGGCACACUCCCUCUUAUUUGUUUAAACGUUAAUACAAAGUGUGAAAUCUUCAAUUCCCCAGUUUGAAAGGUGCAAAAAUGUGUGUCUUGGCUGAAACCUGUUGCUAGGCAAUCAGUGUAAGCCAUCUUUCAGAGGCAGGACCAGCGAGGCUGAUUUGUCGAAGCUUAAAAUAGACAUCAAUCAAAAAGAUGCCAAAGUGUCACCCACAUCUCUCCUUAGAGCUCAGAACAGGACCAUUGCUUCUAUCUUGUAAUUUACUGCCCUCUUGUGGCAACAGUAGGCUAUUGUCUCCGGACAAUAAGCCGAUAUAACUCCCGUAAUGCUUCCUGUCGUGUCCCAGUGACAGAAGCUGGGAUUUCUCAAGCAGGAGGAGGCGCAGCACUGUGGAGGUUUGCACAGGAGCAUCGUGGGUAAUCCAGGGAUGUUUGACAAGUGACGAGAAGUUGUGUUACUUUUCAACACGUGUGACGAUGAGGGGGUUAGCGUGAGCUGUGGAGCAGUUUUGUGGGGAAAACCUUGAAAGACAUUUAUUAAAAUGAACCAUGUAAAAUAUCCACUGUUGAGUUAUAUUAUAUUAAUAUCUGUAUCUCUAUGUUAAUGAAGGUAUUGGAUCAUCUGUGUUUGAGAAAAAGUUCUCAGCUUUUUUUUUGCACAUAAGAGGUGAAAGGUCACCACAAACCCCUGUCAUCAUCCAGUCUUAUGCUAAGCCAACAGCUACAGAUUUCCAGUGCAUACAGGAGUGGAUCUCCAAGGGUAAAUGUAAUUCAAAGAGCACAAGCCUGUCCACAUGCAGUAAGUCUGAGGCCUACAGCAGUUACACCAAAGUUAUUUUCCCUGUGUUCCAUUUAAAUAACUUCUGCGGCCUGAAAGGCUAAAACUAUCAGUAUUUAAUGAAUAAAUAUAAAGCAAGGUUCUUGGAGAAAAG